UCCCACCUCUCUCCAACCCUAAGCCAAACCCUCUCUCUUGCUCUCUAACACACACACGCACAUAUGCAAACACACGACGCGAUGGAGGUUUGUUCAACAGUCACGACUAAGAAGCUCUCGAGCUUGGCCAAGCUAAUCUCGUUCACCAUCCAGAAGGUUUCAGACGCCUCACGCCACAAACUCCUCACCACCCUCGACCCGCAGCUACUCGCGAAACGUGGCAAGAUCCUACGCAAAUCCCUAAACGACGCUGUUUCAACCUCCCACUCCCGUAUCACAUGCCGUCAAGACGUCCGGUCAUCCUACAUAUCCCCUGUCCCGAUCCAGCUGGACUACGAGUUCAGCUGCAGCAGCACACCACCGAGACGUUCCUACGCCACCACCCUCAGCAAAGGACGACGUAGCAACGGGUCUCAUCACAACAAACCGCUGAUAAACAAGCGCCAGCGCCAAGCGUAUAUCCGGUACAACACACUCCCCAAAGUUCGUGACUCCGUCUGGGACCGACACGUGUCGGCGGCCGUGUUUCCGGACGUAGCUAGCAGCACGGGUACGAUGGAAAGCUGCCACGUGGACAGAGCCGCGGAGGAGUUUAUACAGAGGUUCUAUAGACAGCUGAGGUUGCAGAAGUGGAUGAUGGCUCAGGAGGUUUAAAUUUGAUCUACGUCACUUUACAAAAUAUCAUGUCGAAAACAAAAACAAAAAAUCAAUAGUAAUAGGUAACUUUCGUAGUCUUGUUUUGACUUUCUAAUUUCUCCAUGGAGUAAUAGUAGUAUAUAUUUUCCUAGUUUUAUGCUUUUUAUAUCUACUUUUGUGUAAUCCAUGAUCGUGUUUCAGAUCUGCUUGGAUGAAUGUGUAUAGGAAAAUAAAUCUUCAAAUUAAAUAGCUUUCUUUUU